CGUCGACAGGCCCCUCAAGAUCUCAACGUCAACCCUCAGAUGACUUAUUUGCAACUUCUUCAAAUCGAUAAGCUAGCAAUCUAGCUCGAUAACUCUCGGACUCUCUGGAGUUCUCAGCAUGAUGUUUACCACUUUUAGAUGCGGCCGGGGUCACGAGGCCGCCCCUGGCCGCUCCCGUGAUUGUCAGGGGAUAGGUCAUGACGUUCGACGGCUCUCUGGGGCCCUGGGGUGUUUGCUUGGUUUCCUUGAUUUGGGAAGCCCUCGACCGAAACCACUGAGAUUAUCAACUCUGGCUCUGGCUCAUCUUGCCUCGUGGAAACAGAUAGCCAUCCGAUAACCCAUCUCCCGCUACGUACUCUUGUAAAGGCGGUCCCUUCUUGUCAUAACCAGUUACUCCACACUCUUUGGUAUAUAACCCUCGAUUGUUGGUCUGCCCUCCCAUCGGACCACGCUUUUGUCUGACUACCACAUCCACCGACCACCACACACGAUGGCUCCUUAUUGGGAACCCGGUACGAUGUAUAACCACGGCGAUGUCGUGACAUACGAAGGCGCGCAAUACAAGAUCAUUCAGCCUCAUCGUUCCCAGAGCGACUGGGCGCCUCCCGUUACACCUGCACUUUGGGGUCGCAUUCCUGGAGGUGAAUGUCACGAGAAACCCCAUUAUGGGGGGGAUUGCAAGCCUGCUUCUGGCUACAACCCCGUCUAUGAACAGCAGCAGCAAUCUCAACAACCGUUCCACCAGCACAAGGAAGCCGAUCAAUCGUCGUACAAUGUUCCAGUCACGCAACCACCCAAGCAAGAAGGCGAGAAGCACGACGAGAAAAAGAAGAUACUUGAAAUUGGCGGAGGACUUCUCGCCGGAGCUGCGCUUCUAGGUGGAGGACUAUAUGCCUACAAGGAACACGGUAAGAAGGAGGAAGAGAAGCAGGCGCAUAACUGGGCUGAGUCAACCUGGCUCAGGGACGCCCAGGCUCGCACUGAACAGUUCAGGAGUGGUCGGUACCCUGGACCUGUAGCAUGGGUGUUGAACGAGGGUAAGGACAUACCCCGUGAUGCUAUCCAGGGCGGCGAAGAGCGAGGGGAACGUCUCUACAUUUGCCGUGCAUACCACGAGGGUGGAUUGAUGAUUGGCAAAGCGUGCCGUGUCUUCAAGAAAGGUGCUGUCAUCGGAUACAGCCACAAAGAGUAUCAUCUUGACACGUAUGAAAUCCUCGUCGGAGACGCACGCGCCGUGAGAUGGGUUUCUGUCUCUGGCCAGUUCGAUGUCAGAAAGUUAGGUGGUGCUAGACCUGUUGAGGGCGGAAGGGAGCCCGACGGUACACCUCAGUACAUCGCACAGGCGCCACACCAAAAAGCGGUACACCCAGGGAAGGCAUGCGAGACAUAUGGAGACGGCUGUUUCAUUCCUUACGAUAACGGUGAAAAGAAAGUCAAGGAGUAUGCUAUACUUUGCUACGUUUGAAUGUGAAUCAACACCGAAAUCUCCGUAACCGCGAUGCAACCGUGUAAGGAACAUCAUUACAUACCUGGAUCAAGGGUUUUGUACUACGUAUCUACCAUUACUUGGACCAUGAAAAUUUGUAUCUGACAACCAUAGAUUAGAGUACGCAAUCGCAAAGUCGUGGACCGGCUGCGAGUGUGCACUCCGCACGACACGUGUCGUACAUGUAUGGACUUCCAGACUUAAAGACUCGACUGAGGAGAGUUGUUCAUCAAGCGACGAUAUCGGGCUCAGCGAUAAGCAUAUGGACGGUCGUUGAUCUCACUUGAUACCAUAGAAUUCCUUGGUACCCCGAUACGUGGGCCGGAGCAAUGGGUGGCAGUAUUCAAUAUAAACUACUUUAGGUUGCGGCUGGCCCCCGUGCUACAUUUCCACGGAA